UUCAUUAUCGACUUGUACAACGUGCUUCAGUUAUUGUACUCAUUUUGCUGUAUUGUAUCCAUUUCCUUUUCAAGUAUUUUGAUUGAAAUAUUGGUUGUUCUUGUACAGCUGUACCUUGCUUGUUUUUAGUUAUGUGCAUGCCUCUGUAUUGCUUAAUUUUUACCCAUUAAGGUUUAAGCUUUAAAGGUUGUAUUUUUUUUGCUUGCAAUGUGUCCUCUGUGUUCGCUUCUCUUGCUUUUGUACUUCUUGCUGCUUUGUGCCUAUUCUCUGACAUUCUUGCACUGCGCUUUGCAAAUCAAUUUAAGUUUUUUCUGCUUUAUCUUAAGACAAAUUAAAGACAAUCAGUUGUAUAGUGGUAUAAGGUAUGCUGUGCAUUUUGCUCCAUCCCUUGAAUGAUUGAACCUAUCAAUUAGCCAAUCACAUGCUAUAUUCCAUGUUUGAAAGGUAUUUUCUAUCUCCAGAGAGGCAUAUUGCACGGAUAUGAGAGCUAUGGUUUGUUUCCGUACGAGAUGCUGUAACUUAAUGCUUAGAAGCGUUUAAGUUUUGUCUUCCUCGGGUUGUUGUCCUUCAGGAUGUUCUUUGGGGUUGGUUUGUUAUGUGAUGCACAUGUCAUAAUUCACGAAUUCAGUGGUUCUAAAUUGAUCCCUCCUAUAGACCUAGCUUAAUGGAGCAAGAUAGUAGUGGAUCAGGUGCCUUGCGAUUUGCUGGGUCAGACUUGGUACUGAGCCCUUCACAGUGAAGCAGUCAUGUUGUUGGCAUGUGCCUCUUUUCUUUCUGCUCAUCCUUUCAUUUUUGAUACUAAUCCUUAAAAUAUUUUUCAUACUGUCCCUUGGUAAUUGAUGUGUCAUUAGGUCUUGCAUUUAUCUUAAUUAAUGAUUGUUUCAUUUGCAGAGUGAUUUAUAUUUCUUUUUAAAAUCCAUUGCAGUUUAUGCAAAGUCUAGAUGGUAUAUACUUUUCUUUUUCACGUAAUGUCGAAAGACAACUUUAUUUAUUUCUCUAAGUCGAGAUUUGUGAACUGUGGAUAUUAAAUGGAAAACUUUUCCAGUUUGCUGCUGUAUAUCUAUCAAAGUAACUACUUAACUGAUGGAUUCAACUAUUACAUAGGCAAAAUUAGCUCAUGGGUUGACUUGGAUUCCGGAGAUGAGACACUCAGUAAGGAUUCUGAAAUUGCUUUGAAGCUAGAAAUAGCUUGGGCCUCUCAUCUAUCUUUGCAGGCCUGUUAUCUUCCGACACUCAAGGGAUCUUCCUGUGCCAAUUAUUCUAGGUGUGUUAAUCAAAUUCUAGAGAACCUAAACAGUAUGCAGUUGUGGCUUAGGAUCCUACUGGAGAAAUCAGAUGAUGAGACCUGGAAGGCUGGAACCCUUAUCAUAUGAUGAGUUACACCCUGCAGUUCCAUUUACAUAAAUUAAACAUUAUUUUAAAAUCUGAAAUACGAACCCCUAGUGUUUUUUUUUUUUUAACUCCCAUUCUGCCCAUAAUUUAUGGAAUCAUCUGGUGGUCAGAUCCAAAUGGACGAAAUAUUAGAAGCUAUAUUACUAUAUUUAGUUUUCAAUUUUGAUUUCAAUUUAGGAAACAGAAUUAGGAAUUGAAGUCAAUUAGAAUUAGUUAAAAUCCUAUGUAAAGGGAUACUUUACGAUGUAAUUGACACAACUAUGAUAAUGAAAUAAAUUGAUAUACUCCUCUUAAAUUC